CGUGCGCACUUCGAGUCUCCUCAGGGAGAGGCAGAGAGGUCACAAGUUCCCAAGUACAGCCCCUGUCCCGAGCAGACACACUUCCUCACAGGAGAGGCGGUCACUACACUCAUUACAAAGAGGCUGCACACGGGAUUACCGGGUCCUCAAACUGCCCUCGAGUCAAAGUUGCUGAAACCUGCGUUACACCUCGGAGAUCCAACAAAAGCAAUGACCAAUCACUCAUCACACUCAAACGGCAUGCACACCCACCGCCAGGAGCACCUGUACAAGGUGCUGGUGAUCGGAGACCUGGGGGUCGGGAAGACCUCCAUCAUCCGGCGAUACGUCCACCAGACAUACUCCACCAACUACCGGGCCACUAUCGGAGUGGACUUCGCACUGAAGGUGUUGAACUGGGACUCAGAGAUUGUCCGCCUCCAGCUGUGGGACAUCGCAGGUCAGGAACGCUUUGGAAACAUGACAAGAGUAUACUACCGUGAAGCCAUGGGAGCCUUCAUAGUGUGCGAUGUGACCAGGCCCACGACCUUUGAAGCCGUCCUCAAAUGGAAAGAGGACCUGGACUCCAAACUGAUGCUGAAUAACGGGCAGAGCAUUGCCACAGUGCUUCUGGCUAACAAGUGCGACCAGGGAAGAGAGCUGACCAACAACAGCAUCAAAAUGGACCAGUUCUGCAAGGACCAUGGCUUUGUUGGCUGGUUUGAGACAUCAGCUAAGGACAAUCUCAACAUUGCCGAAGCUGCAAACUUCCUUGUCAAGCACAUCAUGGCCACAGAGAAUGACAUCCUGAAAAGUGUGGUACCAGACACCAUCUCACCUCAGCUCGACUCCAACAAGCACAUGAGCUGCUCUGGAUGCUCCAAAUAAUGAAUGGAGAGACAACAGAAGGACAAAGAGGGACAGGCACAGUCUUCCAAAGAAGUAUCAACAGUACAAUGUGGCUUCGUUGGUCCAAACCAAAGUUAAAGGUUUUCAUUUGGUACAGAGAACCAGAGCUCACAAAGGAAAUCACAUGGACUCAGGAGUUCUUGGUUUCAAGAAUGGCAGACCCACACGUGUCACCUCUAUGUUCUUUGGCAUGAUGAUUGAAAGUAUCAAACAGUCAACUUUGCCUUUUUUGGCAGUUCUUAUUAGGUGGUCGACACCCUCUUCUUAUAACAGUGUACUUGGAACAAGACUGGCAACUGUCGCACAACCUGCCGGCCCAAACUUAACAAACUGCUCCCAACAUACCCGACGUGCAGUAAUUACACACUGAAAACUGGAGUCUUGUUUCUUGGUUCUUCAUCAUUUCCAGACAGUUUGAUUGUGUUGCUGUUCCCCAUCUGUUUACAUUCACCUCUAUCUAAACAUGGUGAAAAGAAACAGUGUGGGUGACUAAUGGCGCAUUUCCACUGCAACGGGGUAGCCCCGUUUAAGCGUCCCUAAGCGUCCUCGCUCAGGCCUCGGGCUGCCUCGCUGGCCGUCCGAGGCCGUGGCGCAUUUCCAUUACAG